CAUAAAACUGUUCAGUUUUAUAUAUAUUAUUGGCUGCAGUGAUAUUACUAAUAUUCUGCAUUGCACCGUCUUGACGUGUGUAUCGUAUAAAAGAUUGUGUUCACAAAAUUGUCUAAAAAAAAAAAAAAUGUCAGCAAUGAGAAUGAAAGCAGUAAGAUGUCCUACUGAUGAACUCAGUAUUACAAAUUGUGCUAUAAUUAAUCCAGAUGAUUUUCCAGAUGAUAUUAGACAUAUUGAGGUUACUACUGCACCAAAUCAUCAUUUUGUAUUUACUGUAAGACAACAUCAUGAAGUACCUAGAGGAUCAGUAGGAUUUAGUUUACCUCAGAGAAAAUGGGCUACUCUUUCUCUUAAUCAAGAAAUUGAAGUUCGACCAUAUCAUUUUAAUCCUACUUCAAGCACAGAAUGUUUAUGUGUUAUUGUGUUGGAAGCAGAUUUUUUACAAAAGAAAUCGACUACUUUGGAACCAUAUAAUACUGAUGAAAUGGCUAAGGAUUUUUUAUUUCAAUUUUCGGGGCAGGCAUUCACCGUGGGUCAGCAGUUGGUAUUUCAAUUUAAAGAUAAAAAAAUGCUUGGUCUUCUUGUUAAAAGUUUAGAAGCUGCUGAUCUUUCUGCUAUAAAUUCUGGACAAAAUACAGUACCCAAAAAGACUCAAAUGGGUCGCUGUUUGGGUAAUACUGUUAUACAAUUUGAAAAAGCAGAAAAUUCAAGUUUAAAUCUUGUUGGUAAAGCAAAAGGAAAAAUAGUUCGCCAAUCAAUUAUCAAUCCAGAUUGGGAUUUUCAAAAAAUGGGAAUUGGUGGAUUGGAUAAAGAAUUUACUGCUAUUUUCCGAAGGGCCUUUGCAUCACGAGUUUUUCCACCAGAGAUUGUUACACAAUUGGGUUGUAAACAUGUGAAAGGAAUUUUACUUUAUGGUCCACCAGGAACAGGAAAAACAUUAAUGGCUAGACAAAUAGGAACUAUGUUAAAUGCUAGAGAACCUAAAAUCGUUAAUGGCCCUCAAAUCUUGGAUAAAUAUGUCGGAGAAAGUGAAGCCAAUAUUAGAAGAUUAUUUGCUGAUGCUGAAGAGGAAGAGAAAAGACUUGGACCAAAUAGUGGAUUACAUAUAAUUAUUUUUGAUGAAAUUGAUGCUAUUUGUAAGUCUCGAGGUAGUGUAGCUGGUAAUACAGGAGUUCAUGAUACUGUUGUGAAUCAAUUACUUGCAAAAAUUGAUGGUGUAGAACAAUUAAAUAAUAUUCUUGUUAUUGGUAUGACUAAUCGAAGAGAUAUGAUAGAUGAAGCUUUAUUACGACCUGGUAGAUUAGAGGUACAAAUGGAAAUUAGUUUACCUGAUGAACAUGGAAGAUUCCAAAUUCUUAAUAUUCAUACAUCUAGAAUGCGAGAUUAUAAAAAGAUAUCAACUGAUGUUGAUUUAAAAGAAUUAGCAGCAUUAACUAAAAAUUUCAGUGGAGCAGAAUUAGAAGGUUUAGUUAGAGCAGCACAAAGUACUGCUAUGAAUAGAUUGAUUAAAGCUUCUAGUAAAGUAGAAGUAGAUCCUGCUGCAAUGGAGAAACUUAUGGUUUCCAGAGCUGAUUUUCUUCAUGCUUUGGAAAAUGAUGUUAAACCUGCAUUUGGUACAAGUGCAGAAGCAUUAGAUUAUCUUCUUAUACGUGGAAUUAUUAAUUGGGGCAAACCAGUAGCAGAGAUUUUGUCUGAUGGUAAUUUAUAUAUUCAAGAAGCACGUUCUACAGAAGGUUCAGGUCUUGUCUCAGUUUUAUUAGAAGGUCCUCCAAAUAGUGGAAAGACAGCUCUUGCUGCACAAAUAGCUAAAAAUUCUGAUUUUCCUUUUGUCAAAGUAUGUACACCAGAAGACAUGGUUGGUUUUACAGAAUCUGCAAAAUGUCUUUCAAUUCGAAAGAUAUUCGAUGAUGCUUAUCGUUCACAACUUAGUUGUAUUCUAGUUGAUAAUAUUGAACGUUUAUUAGAUUAUGGACCUAUUGGACCACGAUAUUCUAAUUUGACUUUGCAAGCACUUUUAGUUUUAUUGAAAAAGCAGCCACCGCGUGGUCGCAAAUUAUUAAUACUUUGUACUACAAGCCGCAGACAAGUUUUGGAUGAUAUGGAAAUGUUAUCAGCUUUUAGUAAAAUUCUUCAUGUACCUAAUUUAUCAACUCCUGAUCAUCUUUUAAGCGUCUUAGAAGAAGUUGAUCUAUUUAAUAAAAAUGAAAUUGCAUCUUUGCAUGCCAAACUUCAAGGAAAACGAGUAUUUAUUGGUAUAAAAAAAUUGUUAUGUUUAAUAGACAUGGUUCGUCAAGUGGAACCAAGUUAUAGAAUUGUGAAAUUCCUUUUAGAACUAGAAGGAGAAGGAGCAUUAGAGUAAUAAGUGUUUAAUAUUUUAAUUUUUUGUGUAGAAUUGAAUUAGAUGCCAUUUGUGGAGUAAUACACAUACAUACAUACGUAUAUACAUACAUACAUACAUACAUACAUACAUACAAUCAUACAUACAUAUAUAUAUAUUAAUAUAAUAUCUAUAUAAUAAAAAAAAAAUUUGCAUUUACAUAUAUAUGUUAUAUAAAUGUUUUUUAUAAGAAUUUUUCCGAUUUUUUUCAAUUAAUAUAGAUUUUAUAUAUAUAUUUAUAUAAAAUAUUCAUUUAUAUAUAUGCAUAAAAUCUAUAUUAAUUUAAAAAAAUCGAACAUAAUGUGAAAAACAUAUUACAACAUAAAUUUAUAUUAAUUGAAAAAAAUCACAUAAUUCUAGUGAAAAACAUUUGUGUCUUAUAUAAUUAAAUAGAAUAUUUAAGUAGCAUUUUAAUUAUUCUUAAAUAUUUAUAUAUACUUUAUUCAAAAAUUGCAUUUCUUAUUAUUUUUAAAUGAUUCUAUUAAACAUAUAUAUAUUCAUUGAUUAUAUUGCUUUCGUACACAUGUUGGAAUUUUUGCAAUUUCUUAAUUAAUUCAAAAAAAUGUAAAAUAUAAAAUGUAAAAAGAAAAAGAUAUAUAUAUAUAUAUAUAUAUAUACACACACAUAUAGUAGGAUUGAAUAGUGAUUUUAGAAAUCCACAGUUAUUUAAAAAGAAUGUGAUUAAGAACGCGUUGAAUUUAACAGUCGUUUUGGAUCGAAUGUAAAAAAAGAACGAUUGCUGGAUUAUAUUUUAUUUAUUUUUAUUUUAAUAAUUCAUUCUUUUUUUUAAAAAUGAAAAUUUGAAUCUGGCAAUCAAAAUAAUAAUAAUAAUAAUAAUUUAUAUUAAUUAUACUUUAAGUUAAAUGAGUAAUAAAAUUAAAAAUUAUCAAUAGAUAAUUGUAUUAAUUUUAAAUUAUUAGUUUCUUAUGGAAACUUUAAAAGAUUAAUUUAUAUUUAGCACAAUAAUUGUGUUUGAAAUGAAUACCAUAUAUUAUAUUUAUAUAGAAAUAAGAUUUGUCUCUGCAAAUGACAAAAAAAAUGCUUCCUUUAAUUUUAAUUUAUUAUUAUAAUCUAUUGUAAAAUAGAUUUAUUCCAUAUCAAUGAUAUGUUUUUCUAGCACUGUAGGAAUAAGUAUUUAUUUAUUAGCAAAAUUUAUUAUAUGUAUUAUAAAUAUAUAUUUUUAUGCCUGCAUUUGUAUAUGUAUGUACGUAAUGUAUAUUCAUAUAACAAUCUAUUGUUUUCUAUUUAUUGUAACAAUCUAUUUUUUUUUAUAAUCAUAUAGUAAUUCUAAUUGUAAAUGUAUGCAUGUCUUUAUUGAUGUUUAUUAGGAUUCAUAGAUGCUUUUUAAUGCUUUUUAAAAAUGAAACUAUUCUAAAAAUAUAUGCAAAUACGUAACUCGUUAUAAUGAGAAAUAUAUAAUAAUAAUACAAUAUGUAUUCUUUCUAUUAAUUAAAAAUAAAUUAAAAUUGUUUUGAUUUUAACAUGUAAGUCGAUAAUUAUUCUGUGUAAUACAUAUAUAAAUAAUAUAUUAUGUAUAAAUAGUUUAAAUAAUUUGUUUUGUGUAUAUAGUUUAUUCAUAUACCAUUUAUAAACUAUUCUUAAGUAGUUUCUCUAAUUUGAUAUAAAUAUGUAUAUAUAAAUUAUUUAAAAAAAAUCUGUUACUAUUAGAUUUUUUUGUUAUAUUUGAUUUUUUUUAUAAAUUAUAAUAAUAAAUAAAUAUGUAUCAUAUCUUUAUAUUUAUGUAUGUGUUAAUAUAUUGCAAUAGUAAUUUUAUGAUUGUACUUAAUUGUGAAUAAAAAUUAAAUAAAAUUUAUUGAAAUAUAAUAAUAAAAAAAA